AUGAUAGCGACAUGUGUCAAGGCAUUUUUCGGGGUUGUUUUCCUUGAGCCGCUUUCGAUCCAGUGCCUCUGUAGCAUGCCCCCCUCACCUCCAUCCGCCGCUUCCUCAACUGGCAGAAACCGAGCUGCACGAAGUUGUUGCUCUAUCGUCUCCUUCGGCUCUGACGGUCGGGUCGAACUCCCGAGUCGCAGAUGUUCGUCACCAGCGGACCGUCACUCCCGCAAGAUUAAUGUGUCGAAUAUCGAAAUCUGUUUUCUUCGCAACGACGGCGACGCUCUGUUGGCCGACCGAAUCGACGUGCCUCUGAUCGUCCCGUCUCCUUCCUCAUUCGCCGUUGUCAAUCACCUCUGA